AUGACGUGCCCUCGCCCACCCGUCAGCCGCUCCAUUCUCGCCCUGAUCCUCGGACUCUGCAUGCUCUUAUCCUACACCUACCCCUCCCUCGUCUCCACGCUCACCAGCGGAGCACACAAUCUCACACUCACACCCGCCCCCUGGAACGCAACAAGGCAGCAAAACGACAUCCGCAUAGCGAAAGCAACGAUCCACUACGAUCGAUCUAACGCGCUAUACAGUCAAGCCCUCGCCCUCCACGAAGGGCACAACAAGCAAUUCGGAUAUGAAAUGCACGUCCUCCGUCGCCGAAUCGUGCGUGGCGCACUGAACAGACUCCUCUUCGUACAGCAGCUCAUUAUCACUGAACUGCAGAAGCGCGAGGAGGAAAGGGUGGAGUGGAUCAUGUACUUUGACCCGGACGUCGUGCUGUGGAAUGAGCGGAUUCCACUGCAGGUAUAUCUUCCGCCAGUGGAAGACGUAGAGACGUUCAAGACAGUAGAGAUUGUGGGGAUGCGAUUUGGGGGGAGAGCUUUGAGACUGAAUGUGUUCCUCAUGCGAGUGAGUGCUGGGUCGGUGGAGCUGUUGACGCUGGCGAUGGCGCGGGUACUCGAGUCCAAAUCCGACCGAGACGGCGAUGACGCAGCCGUGGAUGCCGCAGCUAUAGCUCUGCAGGCCAUCUUGGACCAGGAUCAGCAUCGCGACAAGGCCGUUUACCAGUCCCCGUGGUGGUAUGACAAUCAGGGACCUCUUACCGGCGAGAGCGGCUUCUUGAGCCAUAUGAAGGGAGCACUCGGUAUAAUACAUCAUAUGGCUAAGAAGCCGGAAAGGUCGAAGGAUCGUUCGCCAUUCCCGCGGCCUGACGAGUGGCACAUGUUCUGGAGUAGUCACACGGAAGCGAGGAAAGUGCUUGGUGAGGCAAAGGAUAGGGGACAUACGGCGGAGAUGGGGGAGUUGAAGGAGCUUGUCAGGGAUGUGAGACUGUGGUUGGCUUCGGGGACUUCAGAUGCGAAGGAGCUGAUGUGGAGGGUUGAGGCGCUGAAGGAGAGACUGGAGAUUGACACUGGGGAUGUGGAGCAAGAUGUAUGGUAUGAGACUCGACGAGAUGCCUCGAACGAGGGACCUAAAUAG